UUCUUCUUCGUCUCCUUUGGCGAAUCUAGGUUUUUAGCCGCCGUUAUCACUAGUGAGAGGGAAAAUGCCGGCUGGACAUGGAGUGAGGGCCCGAACCAGGGAUCUGUUCGCGAGGGGUUUCAGGAAGAAGGGUUACAUCCCACUGACCACGUACCUGAGGACCUUCAAGGUCGGCGACUACGUCGAUGUCAAGGUCAAUGGUGCUGUUCACAAGGGAAUGCCCCACAAAUUCUACCAUGGACGUACCGGUCGCAUCUGGAAUGUCACCAAGCGCGCCGUCGGCGUCGAAGUCAACAAGCAGGUGGGUAACCGGAUAAUCAGGAAGAGGAUCCAUGUGAGGAUAGAGCAUGUGCAGCAGUCAAGAUGUGCAGAGGAAUUCAAGCUCAGGAAGAAGAAGAACGAUGAGCUGAAGGCCGCGGCCAAGGCCAAAGGCGAGGUCAUCAGCACCAAGAGACAGCCCAAAGGUCCCAAACCGGGUUUCAUGGUGGAAGGUGCGACCUUGGAGACCGUCACUCCCAUCCCUUACGACGUUGUCAACGAUCUCAAGGGUGGCUACUAAGUUCUUCAGAUCUUUUUGCAGAUUGUUUUUUUCUCUCUUUUCGUUUUCAUGUUUGACAUUUGGUUUCUAGAAACUUUGUUUUCCUCCAACUCUUUAAUUUAUGUUUGGAACUCAGAUUGAGACUGCAAUUCUGAUGUCAUUAAGAGAAGGGUAAGUGAUCUCUAUG